AUGGAAAAUUAAACUAUAGUGUUUCACUUUAACCUCACCAUGUUUGCAGACAUAGGGUAUUACCGCUAUCCAGCAUUUGUCCUGUGCCUCCUGCUGUUUGCCCUUAUUGUCUUUGCUAAUCUUGUUAUAAUACUGAUAAUAUCACAAGAGAGAGCACUUCAUGAGCCCAUGUAUAUUUUUAUUGCCUUUUUGUCUGUCAACUCUCUGUAUGGUUUGAGUGGUUUCUUCCCAAGAUUCCUCAUGGACCUUCUGGCAGAUACUCAUUUAAUAGCACGUCCUGCUUGUUUUACUCAAAUCUAUAUAAUUUACACAUAUGCCUCCUAUGAAAUGAUGAUUCUUGGCAUUAUGGCAUAUGAUAGAUAUGUUGCUGUGUGCCAUCCUUUAUACUAUAACAGCAAGAUGACCCCUAAGACAGUCUGGGGGUUGACAGCUUUAGCUUGGGUCUGUCCAGCCUUUUCUUUAGGAAUGUGUCUUUAUUUGACCAUCAGGCUUCCUUUGUGUGGCAACAACCUUGUAAAAGUAUACUGUGCCAUCUGGAAUAUUGCUAAACUGUCAUGUGUUUCCACUUUGAUCAACAAUAUUGUUGGCUUUCUGGUAACCACAUAUAUAAUAAUUAUUCCCCUGCUUUAUGUUUUGUAUACCUACUUUCGAAUUAUAUUAUUAUGUUUGCCACAUACUAUUUCAUUUGUCAGUUAUUCCCUCUGUUUAUUUUUUGACGUUGCCUUAAGUCGUGUUAAUGUUGAAAAGCUAAACCCAUUGUUAGCUGUAAUUUUAUCAUUGGAGUUUGCAAUUGUACCUCCAAUUCUGAACCCUUUUGUUUAUGGCCUGAAGUUACAAGAAAUAAGAAAACACAUCGUCAGUGUCACUCUCUGA